CGUGCGGUGGCACUGUCCCUGCCCUCUGUACUCAGCAGAUUCUGUGCUACGACUCGAUUAAGCGCUUGGUAUGCUACGAGUACGGCCACUGAUUUGACGAAAAGCACCAAAGCCCUCACUCCUGCGCUACGAAGCACCCGACACACCCCAACCUGCGCGAAGCCCACCCCAUUAUCACCACCACAUCUCGUCCACUGCACAACCGACCACCCGCAAACAACAACGAUAACAACAAUGGCCACAGCCCAACGAAUCCACCUCUCGCCCGCAGCACAUCCGGGAAUCUUCUCCAGCGGGACCGGUACCAUCACCGAAGCCUCCGCCCGCGCCACCAGCGAAGUCCUCCAACAUGACCUGGAACAUCAUCAUGUCUUCUUCAAUGAUAUGGGGUUCCACAACCACACCGUCCACCACAUCCUAAGCGCCUACGCCCUCGGCGCCUCCGCGGACGAGAUCCGCACCGCCUACGCGCGCGACCGCGCCUACCAGCGCAAGGCGAUCCCCGUCGACGAAGCGACCGUCGCGGCGCUGUCCGACCGCGGCCGGUUUUUGGAGCGGUUGGGGCGAAGGCAGCACUACUCGGAUUUUCUGCGGUUCUUCCAGCGCGAGAUUGAGCGGGUCGGCGUGGAGGCGGUGCUGGAUGGGUAUCUUUUCCAGGAGGGGGAUGAGGUUGCGCGGGCGAUGUUGGGGCGGUUGUUUGGGGGGCUGGUCCACCCGUUCAUCCACCUGGGCUUCGGCCUGGAAUUCGAGCAGCCGGCCCUCGUGGCCGAGGCGCUGGCGCAGACGGCCGUCCAUGAAGACUGGACGGGCCCGAUGUUCUUCUGGCCGGCGGAGGAGCAGGCCGGGGGCGUGGGGCGGCGCGGGGAGAAGGGUCUGCUGGAGAUUCUGGGGGCGAUCCGCCGGGACGAGACGCUGGCGCGCUCGGUGCGCUGGGAGGACGGGAACAAGAUGCGCGAUGGCGUGUUGGCGCGCGCGGGCGAGACGAUGCUCGCGUACGCGGCUGCGUAUACGGUGUCGGCGGAGCAGCUGGAGGAGCGGACGGCGGAGAUGAUCAAUACCGUGGUGUACUACACCAGCGCCGCCCAGCGCCCCACCAAGCCGAUCAAGUUCGACUUCUUCUACCUGCACGGUCUCAACUCCUCCAUCUUCUUCUCCAAGAUCCUCACGCUCCCGUUUCUGGAGGUCAAGACUAAGCUCCGCCUGCUCGAGUGGAAAGGCCGUCUCGACCUCCUGCUCUACGUCUCCCGCGGCACGCCCGCGCUGUCCCUCGAGGCGAUCCGGACGUAUCCGGUCGCGCACCGCUGGGAGGAGAUCUUCGCCUUCUGCACCCGCCACCCGCAGGACGACGGCCACCUGGCCAAGCUGGUCCGUGCCGUGGCCCACGGGGAGCGGGCCUGUCGGCCGUUCGAGGGCGAGCGUCCCUGGCCGAUUGAGGGGGAUAUGUGGCUGAGGAUUGCCAAUAUGGCCAUGGACUCAACAUCCGACCACGAUCACCAUCCGAUGUGGGUCCGCUCCACCGGGUUUGACCAGGCCUGGCGCGAGUUCGACGGGCGCCCCGAGCUAUAGGACGACACUGCUGGGCCUGCGUCAUGGCAGGGGGAUUCUGGAAGUACUGUACGUCUAUGCCGGUUGGUGUAAGCAUUGCAAGCUAGCCAUGGGCGUCCGCAUAAUGAAUGCAUGGUAGAAUCGGCUUGAAUGGAAUACAGAAUGAGAGAGAAGCUGCCCAGUGAACCGAUGACAGCGUGGACAAAGGGCGAAGGGUUUGCUUUUGCUUUUGCUUUGGCUUUUGCUUUUUGCAGCUGGCUGGCACCGCAGCCCCAUCGGGCGAGCAUCACGUGGUGGGUGGG